ACCCAACUCCAUUUUUAACUCCGCAUGUCAUUUUGAAGGAAAAAAUGAAUUUUUACAUUGGAGAUGCUCUUAGCAAUUCCAUGAUCGAAUCACUUCCGACGCAUACCUUCUUCCCUCGGUACUGAAACCCGAUUCUCCUCCGUAUUGGCCUCUUCCAAUCGCCAAGUUUCCCCCUUUCUCUUCACCAUGUCUUCCUCUCGCCCCUCUGCUUUUGACGCUCUCAUGUCCAACGCCCGCGCAUCUUCCGCCGCCAAGAAGAAGAAGAAGAACACCCCACCACCACAAGCUUCCACUUCAUCUCCCUCCCCGAUCAAAAGGAAAACCCAAGACCCCGAUUCCGCAAAGGUGGAAGCUUUUUCAGAUUCUGCGAAAAAGUCGAAGUCUUUGACCACCCAGACCGAUGAUGAACUCAAGAGUAAGGUCGUGUUGCUGAAGAGGAAGCCUGGCGACUUCGAUCCCGAGAGAGUGUCGUGGUGGGAGAAAGGGGAGAGAGUUCCGUUUCUGUUUGUCGCGUUGGCUUUUGACUUGGUUUCAGGUGAGAGUGGGAGGAUUGUGAUUACUGAUAUUCUGUGUAAUAUGCUGAGGACUGUUAUUGCCACCACUCCUGAUGAUUUGGUCGCUACGGUUUAUCUCGCUGCCAACGAGAUUGCUCCUGCUCAUGAAGGGGUGGAGUUGGGGAUUGGUGAAGGUUCUAUUGUUAAGACUAUCUCUGAAGCUUUUGGUAGAACUGAAGCGCAUGUUAAGAAUCUUAAUACGGAACUGGGAGACUUGGGGCUUGUAGCAAAAGGAAGCCGUUCGUCUCAGACUAUGAUGUUCAAGCCAGAACCAUUGACUGUUGUCAAAGUUUUCAAUACAUUUCGACAAAUUGCUAAGGAAAGUGGGAAAGAUAGUACAGAAAAGAAGAAGGAUGGAAUGAAGGCACUUCUUGUGGCAGCAACAGAUUGUGAACCUCUUUACUUAACUCGUUUACUUCAGGCAAAAUUGCGGUUAGGGUUCUCAAAUCAGACUGUCUUAGCUGCCUUGGGACAAGCAGCUGUAUAUAAUGAAGAGCACUCAAAGCCACCCAAAAAUACAAAGUCUCCUUUAGAAGAGGCUGCAAAGAUUGUUAAACAAGUAUUUACUGUGCUUCCUGUGUAUGACAUUAUUAUUCCUGCCCUUCUAACUGGUGGUGUGUGGAAUCUUCCUAAAACAUGUAACUUUACACUUGGUGUUCCAAUUGGACCCAUGCUUGCAAAACCAACAAAAGGUGUAGGCGAGAUACUGAAUAAAUUCCAGGACACAGUUUUCACAUGUGAAUACAAAUAUGAUGGAGAACGUGCACAGGUACAUUGUAUGGAAGAUGGUACAUUCGAGAUAUAUAGUCGAAAUGCUGAAAGGAACACUGGGAAGUACCCUGAUGUUGCUCUUGCGUUGUCAAGAUUAAAGAAGCCCUCUGUGAAAUCUUUUAUCCUGGAUUGUGAGGUUGUUGCUUUCGACAGAGAGAAAAAGAAGAUUCUUCCAUUUCAGAUUCUGAGCACUCGAGCCCGUAAAAAUGUGAAUGUCAAUGAUAUCAAAGUUGGCGUGUGCAUCUUUGCUUUUGACAUGUUAUAUCUAAAUGGCCAGCAACUUAUCCAGGAGAAUCUUGAUAUACGCCGAGAGAAGCUAUACGGAUCAUUUGAGGAAGAUCCUGGAUAUUUCCAGUUUACAACUGCUCUAGCAUCCAGCGAUAUCGAUGAAAUACAGAAGUUUCUUGACGCUUCUGUUGACAUUGGGUGUGAAGGGUUAAUCAUUAAAACAUUGAAUUCAGAUGCUACCUAUGAGCCUGCAAAGCGAUCAAAUAAUUGGUUAAAACUGAAGAAAGACUAUAUGGACAGCAUUGGGGACUCUGUGGAUCUUGUACCAAUUGCUGCUUUCCAUGGACGUGGCAAACGCACAGGUUAAAAGCUAUAUUCAAACUACUCUAAAUACUAGGAAUCGUUUGCUUUGUAUAUGAUACUCGUUACUAACUAAUGUUUAUGAGGUUUCUGUAUGUUUCUUGAACCAUGCUGAAUUGUAUGUAGUGGUUUGGUAUUAUAAUUUUUUAUCUCCUAACA